AUGCCGUGCACCGCCAGGCCCAGCUGCCCGCUCCAGAACCAGCCCGCCAUUCAGGGCUUUGGGCGGGCAACCAAGGCUGGUGUCUCGCCGUCACUGCCCGCGAAGAAGACGGCGUCCCUGCCGGUUUCUCCGUCGAAGAAGAGGAAGCUGCAGGAGCUCGAGAAUGUGGAUGGCAACAGCCGGCAAUCGGUCGAUGAGGAGCCCAAUACGCCUUCCAAGACUCUCAAGCUCAGCCAGCUGUCCGUUUCCUCGCCGCGCAGUGGCCAUUAUGCUUCGCCGAAGCGGACUCCCAGCCGUCGGACUCGCGUGACCAGCAUUUCCACAAUCAACGAAGCCCCUGAUACCCCUUCGAAACAGCGCACCCUCAACUUCGAGAAAAUCAUCCCAGAGCCGAAACUUGCACCGCGCGCCCCCUGUGUAAACGACUUCCUCAAUCUUCACUCCGCCUUCGUUCAGGCCCUUUCCAUCCACCUCGCACACAAUGGGCAGAUUGCCCCUGCGGACCUCCGCGAAUUCCUCCCCAGUGUCACCCGAAUUUGGAAGAAGCGCAAGGUGCAGCCCAAGGAUGUCCAGCGUCUGUUGUGGGUUUGGGAUCACAGCUUAAUGACCAAGGAUAUUUCCUAUCGCCUGGCAAAUUACGGUCUGGGCAAGGUGUGCCUGGAGAGAGUCGUCCAGAUGAAUGAACAGCCCCCGGCUCUACAGGACGCAUUCGAGCAGGCAUUGGACCUGCUCUGGGAGCAGACGGAGAAGUCCCUGGAAGAUGCCAAGGAGGAAGAUCGCCCUGCCCUGUUUCUUGAGUCCCUGGGCCUCGCCCCUAUCCACGAAUCGCUCACUCCGUUCACGGCCUUUCAGAAGGGCCAGCAGCGCCUGCAAGAUCUGAGAGGCGGUGUCAUUCGCAUGAAGACUGAGAAGCUGCGUUUGGAGAUGGAGAUGGGUGAUUCGAAGCCCCUGGCCCCUGCGAUCAACCGACGACAGAGCCUCCUGGAGCGCAUCAAGAGCAAGGAGCUGCGCCAGUCCAAACUGCCUCCUCCGCCAACCAAGAAGGAGAUGCUCCGUCGUUCUGCCUCGGAGCGGGUCGAGGAAGUUGCCAGUAUCCUGGCUCUUCUGCGCCCUGCUGGCUACGUCGGAACGGGCAUCAGGGCUAUGUUCGCCAACCAGCGCAAGCCCUUCAAGCUCGACACGAUGGUCCAGCAUGUCCGUGAUUCUGUUCGGAUCCCCAUUGCCCGGGAUGAAGUCGAGGCGUGCCUUGAAAUCCUGGCGGAUACACGAGUAGCCGGUCACUGGGUUACCAUGGUCACUGUGAAGGAUAUGCGCUCAGUGGUUCUCAAGUCCUGUAAGGAUAUUGCGGCCAAAGACAUCGGAGCCAAGGUGGCUCUUUUGAAGGCCGAGUGGGAAAAGCCUGUCUCUUGUGUGCAGAGCUCUGUUUUGAAGAUCUGA